AUGCAGAACCAGGAGACUCAACUCGGAGGCCACGUGUCGAUGACGCAUUUAUCCUCACCGCCGCAGCCGAAAAUGCCGGCUUCGUCGAGCAGGAUCCUCUACGACAUCCCCUGCAAGGUGUGCCGAGACCAUUCCUCCGGGAAACAUUACGGGAUUUUCGCAUGCGACGGAUGUGCCGGAUUCUUCAAGCGCUCGAUAAGACGCAAUCGACAGUACGUGUGCAAGGCUAAGUCCGAGGGUGGAUGCAUGGUUGACAAAACUCAUCGGAACCAGUGCAGAGCCUGCAGACUGGCCAAGUGCAUCCAGGCUGGGAUGAACAAGGAUGCCGUCCAACACGAACGCGGGCCCAGGAACUCGACCCUUAGACGGCAAAUGGCUCUCUACUUUAAGGAGCCUGAGGCCAUGAUGUCGGGGGUGCCACAACCGACGCCGGCCGCUGCUCUGGACUUGGCACUCCCCAAACCGCCGGCCGAACCUCGCGUUUCCAUCGCUGGUCCAUCACCCCAUCAUCCGAUGCCGCAUCCCGUCUUCUGCAAUGGAAUGACCAUGUCCAAGCUCCCGACGACUUUGGGCGCACUUCCAACGAUGCCGAUGGUGUCUUCGAUAACCGCGGAAUCCGUCUGCGAGCAGGCGGCUCGUCUGCUCUUCCUUAACGUCCGUUGGGCCCGAAGCGUGGCGAUGGGCACGGGUCUAUCGAUGGAGGAUCAGUUGACACUGCUCGAGGCAUCCUGGCGGGAGUUGUUCCUCCUGGCGGCGGCCCAAAUGUUGCCGGGUCUGGACCCGGCGCCAUUGCUUCCAAGCGGCCCCCAGGGCCUUGGACUCUCGGUGGAAGUGAGUCGCUUCCGGGCGGCGCUAGGCGGGUUUCACUCGAUGAACCUGGACCCCCAUGAGUUCGCCUGCAUCCGGGCGAUCGUCCUCUUCAAGGCCGGCCUCGACAGCGAGACCGUGCCGAGCAGCAGCAGCAGCAGCAGUGGAUCCGCCUCGCCAGGAACCGGAAAUCGUCUAAGAGACGCCUCCUGCGUAGCAAGACUUCGCGACGGGGCCCAACUUGCUCUUGGUCAACGACUCAGUAGCGCACCUCUCGGCGCUCUGAGGUUUGGUAAAUUGUUGCUACUGUUGCCCGCCCUUAGAUCCGUUUCACCCCACGCCAUCGAGGAGCUUUUCUUUAGAAGGACUAUCGGUAUUAUACCGAUUGAAAAAAUCAUUUGCGAUAUGUAUAAGGCGGCUGCCGUCUGA